AUGAGCACCAAUGAUAACAAUGUCAUGGCGAAUCCCAAUUCUGUGGCAAACGAUCGCAAUAAGGCCAUUAGGGACUUUGGCAUCGCUAAACCUCUAAUGAUUUCUCUCAGGAAUCAUGAGACUAGGAAAUGGCUGUAUUCUCUCGAGCCAUGGGAGAUCACUUCUUGGGAACAUGUUGUGGAGAAGUUUACGAAGAAUGAAGCGAUUGAGAAAAUGCCUACCUACGCCAAAUUUCUGAAGGAUAUGAAUCUGCCACGAUUCCUACCUAAUAAUUUGGAGGAGAACAAGAAGAUAUUUGAGAAGGUGAGUGAAAUGGCGAAUAGAAAAGGAUGCAGCACAUCCCAAUUGGCUUUGGCAUGGGUUCACCACAGAGGAAACGAUGUGUAUCCAAUUCCUGGUACUACCAAAAUUGCCAAUCUUAAUUCCAACAUUGGAGCUUUGUCAUUGAAACUCACACCACAAGAAAUGGCUCAAUGA